AUACACAUGCACUUAGCGCUGGAGAUGUUAAGGACACACAAAUAAUUUAAUCAAAUGACUAUAUUCCUGCGCAAAACUCUCCUCGAUUUCCCCUGUGCCUCCAACAAAUUUGUGCCGGCAGUCCUGUAGGCUAUGGGUUCAAACAAGGUUCUCUGCAUUCUUCGUAAUUGUAAUGAAUAACUAUAAAAUUAAAUCCCAGUUGUAAUGUGAACCCAGUUGCGUUACUGCAUAGGAGGCGUGAAUUUUCCAUGUACGCAUAAGAAGGGUUCUAAUAAUUAGAACAAUUUCUUUAACGCGACGUUGCUGUUCGAUAAUGUCGACGAGACGAUAACCCAGUGCUCAAGCGUUUUCCACCUCCUCCAUCUUUCACGCAGGCUGUCAAGGAUCGGCGCAUGUACAUCCUGUCCGAGGCAUGUAGCUUGCCCACCAGCUACAAACCGAUCGCCAUGCUCCGGGUCAUUCCGUGGAUCAACUCGGACAGCAUUCGGCAAUUUCUAGCGAUCAAGAUCAAACCGGUGUCCUUUGCUCCAACCGAAGUCAUCGUGGAGAGGAAGGAAGAGAAUGACAUCAUACUGACCUAUUCAGGCAUAUUGAAGAUAGAGGGGGAGUACGAGGAGGUUGGCGACGGGGCGCUGCCCAACUCGGCGUCGACGCUGUUCUUCUUCAACGAGGGCUACUUCGUCGACUACGUGCCCGCGCCCGCGUGCAUCGGCGACCUCGGCCUCGUCACCGAAGAGCCCUCGAUCACGCGAGUCGUUGCCGAGACGCAGGUCAACGCCUAUAUGAUACCAAGAGAGCGAGUGAUUGAAGCUAUAGGAGUCUUCACAAACGCACCGAGUUUUCUUUACGACAUCUGGGCGUACAUUGCGAGAAAUAUAGGACUCUUGGUUCUUCAAACGCAUCCCAAGUACCAGGGUGCAUGUUUUUAG